UUUUUACGGCAGUUAGUUAGUACAUUCGACUGACUCGCUAUUGAAUUUGAUUUUCACGGCCUGUAGAGACAGAGAAUCGACCGAAAAGAAGAUGAAAUCUAUUCUGUGUAUUGCGUUUGUCCUAUUAACCACCACAUUACUUGCAUUAUGGUAUUUGCCACCAACAACAGCUUUGCCUGUCAAAUGGCGUGACUAUUUCAGCCAUGAAAUAAGGGAUUACUGGGCACUUCCUCGUCGAGAGAAUGAACAUUUACGACAGGAGCCAGACCUCGUUGAGAAAUGUUGGAAAGGUAGCGGAAGUGACGUCAGUGAAGAAAGUGAAAAAUACAUUAGUUGGGGUGGUGAAAGAGAUGAUUCAGGCAGUGGCGCCGGAAGUUUAGAGGAGGAAAGUUCAGGUAGUGAUGGGGAAAGUAAAGGAAGUGGAGAGGGAGGCAGCGGAGAAAAUGGAGAGGAAGGAAGCAGUGGAGACAGUGGAAUGAAAGAAAUCAGUGGAGGUAGUGGAGAGGAAGGAAGCAGCGAAGAAAGUGAAAUAGAGGGAAGCAGCAGAGAAAGUGGAGAGGAAGGAGGCAGUGCAGAGAGCAGAAAAGAAGGAAGCAGUGGAGAAAGCGGAGAAGAAGGGAGCAGUGGAGAAAGUGGAAUGGAAGGAGGUAGUGAAGAAAGUGGAGAGGAAGUAGGCAGUGCAGAGAGCAGAAAAGAAGGAAGCAGUAGAGAAAGCGGAGAAGAAGGAAGCAGUGGAGAAAGUGGAGGAUUAGAAAGCAGUGGAGAAAGUGGAAAGGAAGGAGGUAGUGAAGAAAGUGGAGAGGAAGUAGGCAGUGCAGAGAGCAGAAAAGAAGGAAGUAGUGGAGAAAGCGGAGAAGAAGGAAGCAGUGGAGAAAGCGGAGAAGAAGGAAGCAGUGAAGAAAGUGGAGAAGAAGGAAGCAGUGGAGAAAGUGGAAUGGAAGGAGGUAGUGAAGAAAGUGGAGAGGACGGAAGCAGUGGAGAAAGUGGAAUGAAAGGAAGCAGCGAAGAGAGUGGAAUGGAAGAAAGCGGUGGAGAAAGUGGAGUAGAAGAAAGCAGCAGAGAAAGUAGAAAGAAUGGAAGCAGCGGAGAGAGUGGACUAGAAGGAAGCAGUGAAGAAAGCGGAGAGGAGGAAAGCAGAGGAGAAAGUGGAAUAGAGGGAAGCAGCGGAGAAAGUGGAAUGGAAGGAAGCAAUCGAAAAAAUAGAAUGGAUGGAAUCAGCGGAGAAAGUGGAAUGGAAGAAAGCAGCGGAGAAGGUGGAGAGGAAGGGAGUAGCCAAGAAUAUGGAAGCACAGACGAAAGUGGAGGCGAAGGAAGUGGCAAAGAGAAUGAAGAGGAGAGAAGCGGUGAAGAAAGUGGAGAUGAAGGAAGCGUCGUGGAGAGCGGGAAGGAGGGCAACAGUGGAGAAAGUGUAGAGGAGGGAGGCAAUGAAGAACACCAAGAGAAGGAAGGAAACGGGCAAAGGGAAAAGGAAGGGAGUGCUGAAGAAAAUGGAAACGAGGAAGGCGGCAUGGAGAGUAGCGAGAAAAGUGGUGAGGAGGAAGGCACUGGAAUGGAAAAUAUUAUCGCUGUUAACAAUGGCCGCGUUCUUUUGGCCGGUGGCAUUCCACGUAACCCUACCACCGAGCCCAUUUCACCGACACCUGAGACGACAGAUGCCGUUCAGGACCUUCUAGAGAUGGUCAAAGAGAUAGAGAAUGUAGCUGAGCUUCCAUGGCCUUAAUUGGGUUGGAGUGUCAGCGCUGAUUAUACGACUAGUUAUAAUUUUGUAUAGUUAAAUAUGAUUAGAGAUAAAACUAGAAACGAACAUAACUUCCAAUGCUUCACUUCUUCUGCGGGACAAAAAUCGCAGUGCUUCAGUGAGAUACAGGGUCGCUUCCAAUUUAGUUAGAAAAUUCGGUGACCAUUUUCUUUCAAGAGGAUCAGUAAAAACCUUUUUUUUUUCCUUACACAAAAGAACGGGACAACUAUGCUCCAUUUGUAUAACAGAAUUUUCUCCCAGCUAAAGAAAAAAAAACACACUUUGGUUGGAGAGGCAGUCGGCUCUAGUUCUAUUCGCUCAUUUUAGCCGAGAUUUCAUGCCUUUUUAGACUGCAAGCGAUGGAAAAAGGAAAUUACCUGCAAGGAGGUCUUCAAUUCUUGCCCGGCCUUGAGCAACUCGACCCGGCGAGUUCUGCCAGGGCUUAGCACUGAUUACUUCAGUGCCAAAACCCGGCAAACCCUCCCCCUCUGAAAUCUUCCCGCGGGCGGAGAAGCGAGCGUUCUGUAGUGUUCAUAAAGAAGAUCUGCUCGCAAGCUAAUGAAGUAUGAAAUAAUUGAAAUGUAUGCAAAGCUGUAAAAUCGAGUCAAGCACCAAUCAAGUCAGAGUUAGUUUAAUUGUAUUUAUAAACUCCUUAAGCUGGGUUCGUCAACUUACAAUAAGAAAAAAGCAUUGUAGAG